AAUCUUAUUCACACGUAAUAAUAAUCCUUCACAUAUAUUCACAAACUUCAUUUCUUCAACCUCUUUCUUAACUUCCUCUACAAAUAUAUAUACAAAAACAUCGAUCAGACGGUCUUUUAUAAGAAUUUGUGUAACGACUAAAAAUGGCACCUUCAAGUACUAGAGAAGAACAACGUCUCUUAUCAACUGAGAUUGUUAACCGAGGGACGGAUACGUUCUCGGUGCGUGUAAGGAGACGAUUGCCAUUACCAGAUUUUGUUAACUCGGUAAACUUGAAAUAUGUUAAGUUAGGGUAUCAUUAUCUUAUAAAUCAUGCAAUAUAUUUGGCUACUAUACCAGUUUUAGUAUUGGUGUUUAGUGCUGAAGUUGGUAGUUUAAGUAGACAAGAGUUAUGGAACAAGUUAUGGGAUUAUGAUCUUGCAACUAUUCUUGCUUCUUUUGGGGUGUUUGUGUUUACUCUUUCGGUUUACUUCAUGUCUCGCCCUCGUCCGAUUUAUCUUCUUGACUUUGCUUGUUACAAGCCUAGUGAUGAGCUCAAGGUAAGUAAAGAAGAAUUCAUUGAGAUGGCCCGUCAAUCAGGCAAAUUUGAUGAAGAAACUUUACAAUUCAAGAGAAGGAUCUUAGACUCAUCAGGAAUAGGUGAUGAAACAUAUGUACCAAAAUCCAUAAUAUCAAAGAACAACAUAACAACCAUGAAAGAAGGUCGAGAGGAAGCCUCAAUGGUGAUAUUUGGAGCCCUCGACGAGCUCUUCGAAAAGACUCGAAUUCGGCCUAAAGAUGUGGGUGUUCUAGUGGUUAAUUGCAGCAUCUUUAACCCUACACCCUCACUCUCAGCCAUGAUCAUUAACCAUUACAAAAUGAGAGGCAAUAUCUUGAGUUAUAACCUUGGUGGCAUGGGUUGUAGUGCUAGUGUCAUUGCGCUUGACUUGGCACGAGACAUGCUUCAAGCUAACCCCAACAACUUUGCUGUUGUGGUUAGCACUGAAAUGGUUGGGUUUAAUUGGUACCCAGGUUGUGACCGGUCUAUGCUUAUUCCAAAUUGUUUCUUUCGAAUGGGGUGCUCGGCUGCUUUGCUUUCUAAUCGUCGUCGUGAUUUCCCUCGUGCUAAGUACCGCCUUGAGCAUGUUGUUCGCACCCACAAGGGAGCUGAUGACCGCAGUUUCAGGAGUGUGUAUCAAGAAGAAGAUGAACAAGGAUUCAAAGGUUUAAAAGUGAGUCGCGAAUUAAUGGAGAUAGGUGGAGAUGCAAUUAAGACCAACAUAACCACUCUAGGACCACUAGUACUACCCGUAUCAGAACAACUUCUCUUCUUCAGCACUCUAGUUAAACGCCACUUACUUGGUGAAGGUAAAAAAGAAGAUCAGAGAAACACCACUGCUAGUACUACUACUUCUAGUUCAUCAUCAUCUUCAAGAACAUCAGCAGCAAGUUCAAAGCCUUACAUACCCGAUUACAAGCUUGCAUUCGAGCAUUUCUGCGUGCACGCAGCAAGCAAGACCGUGCUUGAUGAGCUGCAACGUAACUUAGAGCUGAGUGACUCCAACAUGGAGCCCUCGCGCAUGACUCUGCAGCGCUUUGGCAACACUUCUAGCAGCAGCAUAUGGUAUGAGUUGGCGUACUUGGAGGCUAAGGGGAAAAUUCACUCAGGGGAUCGAAUUUGGCAGCUCGCAUUUGGGUCUGGAUUUAAGUGCAACAGUGCUGUUUGGAAGGCUGUUCGACGUAUCAAGAAGCCAAGUUCAAGGAAUCCAUGGCUGUCCUGCAUUGACAGAUACCCUGUGGCUCUUUAAGAAUUGACAGAACAAUAUAGGAUUGCUUUAUGAUGCAUGUUGAAUGUAUUUUCUUCCUUUUGUAUGGUCUAGUUUGUUAAAUCAAAUGAUUUAAUUUAUGGUUGUAUGCAAUUUAUGAGCAUAUGUAUUUUUUUUAGAACGAAAGUUAGUACCUAAUUUCAUUGUAGGAUGCAUAAUUGUAAACUACUAUUGAGAAUUGAGAUGUUGGUUUUCUACUAUGUACUGGUAGAUCACUAGCUGAUAGUAAUAAAGAUAGUUUCAAAAAUCAUGAUCAUACUAUA